GCAUCAUGUCUAUUGUUACGAGCCAUUUAGAGUAAGCCAUCGCAGGCUUACAAGUCAAUAUUGUUGGCGGCGGCGAACAUUUAGGCGCGUUGCUGUGGCUUUGUCGCACUGCGGCGUCGAUUCAGUGAUUCAGUUGCAUGCGCGUUGCAUUUCUGUUGGUUCGUCAAGUGGCAGUUCCGGUGUUUCAGCAUAACUGCUAACCUUCAAUCAGCGUAUAAAAGUAAAUCAAGUGAAAAUAUUGACAUAUUGAUUGAUUGCUUGAUUGAUUGAUUACUAAAAAUGUCCACUUGGAGUGGCGUGCGAACUCGAAUAACCGCUUCCGUGCGUACCACCAAUCGCAUGAAUGCAUUGCUUAUGGAAUCGAUGUUGGGUAAGAAACGUGCCCUGCAGAAGUUACACUCCACUCUGGGGGAGGCCGAAGAGACUGAGUGUGCUGUGGAGAAGCCGAAACGUGAGUGGGAGUAUUUUCGCAAUAACUUUAGUAUGGAAGCUGUUUAUAAGCUCAUCGAGGCGGCUAUAGAAGAGCGUUUGACGUGGGAUCGUUUUGGGCGCUCUUAUGAUUCGUGGCGCUCACUGCAAAUGGCUGAGACGCUGGCAGCGGAUAUAAGGGAUCGCGUGAAGCGCUUGCAACACAAGAGACAUCGCAUCGUCUGCUUGCUAUCAAUUGUCGAGAAGCAAAAUCAAGGAAUCAGCUUUCGCAUGCGUCACCUAAUGGAUGAGAAAAUGGAUAAUUUUACAAAUUUGGUGUACGAACGGCCAUCCUACUACAUGGUGGUGACUUUAUUUUUAGUGUAUAAAGACUGAGGAAGCAAGUGUAUGUAAAGCUUUUAGUGUUUAGUGUCCUCAUGAGCUUUGGCUAAUGGUUAAGCUUUCAUUGUUGAAAUUGUUGUUGAAUUUUUUUAGUCUAACUCACAACUUGUGUGCUUUAGUAAAAGUUUAGUGAUACAAAUUUUAUCUAAUGUCUAGCAUUACCAAAGAGAAUGAAAAUGAUUUAAAAAGUUAUAUAAUUAAAAAAAAAAAUUUAAAAAGCUAUAUUGUUAAAUAUGUUUAACCACAGGGUGCUUCAUAUAAUAUUUCAUGUCGCUAUGUAAACGCUGAAUAACUUUCACAUUUACCAGCCGAGGGAUUGAAUCAGAUGCGUCUUGGAAACGUUAAUAUAGUACAAUUUUUGCCAUGGAUCGCUUCACGCUGAAAGAACGCCGUGAAAAAAUAGUUACCCUUUACAACGAAAACAAUCAUUCCAUUGCGUUAACUCAAUGUGCUUAUCGGAGGAAAUGUCGCGAUAACUAGGCAACAUCUGACAGAUCACCUGAUUUAAAUUGUAAGGAAUCAAUCUGCAUAAAAAU